AUGAGCCAAACAUAUCAGCUGUUUAAUAAUUAUCUUUCAUACAAAGCAGAAGACGUUGAGAAUAUGUUGAAAAAAGAUGACUCGAGUCGCAAAGAAGCACUGCAACAAAUUAUUUCAGAAGAAUUAAAUAAUAAUUCACAUCCAGAAGUGAUGAUGAAUGUCAUACGGUAUGCACUCCCAUCCACUGAUCAUGAAGUUAAAAGACUGUUUCUCUUUUAUUUGAGUACGGUUCAAAGAGUCGACGAAGCAGGAAAACUUCUUCCGGAACUGAUUCUGGCCAUCAAUUCACUGUUACAGGACUUGAACCAUCCUAAUGAAUAUGUCAGAGCGUUAACCCUCAAAUUCAUUCUCACAGUAAGAGAAAAAGAGUUUCUUCAACCACUUGCACACGCUGUUGUUGAUAAUGUGGACUCACAGAGCACAUUAGUAAGAAGACAUUGUUAUACCGCAAUAGCACACAUCUUUAAGGCUUUCCCAGACGUAGUGCCAAACGCUCCAGAACUCCUCAAAACCGCUUUAAUUAAAGAAAGAAACGGACCACUGAAAUGCAGUGCGCUGAGAGCACUUAUUAAAGUCGACUUGGCGACAGCAGUUGCAUAUGUUGUGAAAAAGGCGGAACAGAUCAACACAUCAGAAGAAAGUCUCCAACUUGAAAUAUUGAAUUUAAUUAAGGCGGUGUCUAAGUCGACACCACAACACUACAGCACAUAUUUGACAAUUUGUUCUGCACUCAUUACAAGCCAGUCACCGGCUGUUUCGUAUGAAGCUGCCACGUGUUUACUUUCAGUGUCGUCUUCCCCAUCUGCUGUGAAGGCUGGAAUCAAGUGUAUGAUUGAUAUUGUCAUCCAAUCGAGUGAUAUGAAUGUCAAGAUGAGUGUGUUAAACCGCAUUUCACAACAAAUUAUGAAGACACCACGACUGAUGUGCGAGCUUGAAAUUGAUUUACUUCGAGGGUUCCAAAACACAUCGUCGUAUGUGAGAUCGACAUUUGUUGGUGUUGUUGUUCAAUGUGUCACAGCGAAAAGUGUGAAUGAAGUGAUCAACGCGCUCAAAAAGGAGUUACUGAAAGAGGAGAAUGAAGAGUAUCAAUUAGUUGUUGUCCAAGCAAUCAAGUUGUGCAAUAAGAAAUUCCAGAGCGAGUCAAUUGUACCGGUAUUAUUAGACAUCAUGAGGUCCACAAAGUCUCUUUUAGUCUCUAAAGAGAUACUUUUGUUCCUCAAGGCAAUGUUGAACAUAAGGAAUACAAACAACAAAGAGAUCUUGAAAUCAAUGUUUGAAAUCAUUCAAACAGAAACAAGCCCAAUACUGUUGAGCGAGUUUGCGGCACUUCUAGCUCGUUUCUGUCAAACACCAGAAGAGCUGAAAGAAGGCUUUGACAAAGUCAAUUCGAUUUUCAGCCCAUUAACAGGAGUGUCUCUUCUCACUAAUACUAACACGAUCAUUAUUGGACUGUUUGUCUCGAGUUUGGUAAAGUUGGUACUCAAAGGGGAGAAAGUGUUGUCAAAGCCCGAGAUCAAUCAAAUACGUGCUCGCGCGUUGAAAAGUCUUCUGACACUUAAAAAGGUAGAAACGAAUAGUGAUGUUAUUGGUAAGAUAAGACAAGGGAUGACUUGUUUAACAACAAAAGAUGACAAGUUGAAGGAGAUUGUCUUGUUAGAGCCACUUAUUGAAGAAGAUAAAAUCGUCCAGAAGACCAAGAGUGUUCAGGUUGACGACGAAAUUGUGAUUGGCAUUUAUAACGAGAACACAGACAAUAUGCCAAUGCCUGAGAAAGAAGAAAAAAGUUACGACACUUUCAGAAACAUAGUGCAAUUGAGUGGAUAUUCGGACAUUCUUUACUUGGAAGCAAGCAUGGAGCUCUCCCAAUUUGAUAUUAACAUCGACACGUUGAUUGUGAACCAAUCACAAAGCACUUUAGAAAAUAUUGUUGUGCAGUUGGUGCCACGGUCUGAAGGACUUUCUGUGGUCGGACAAUUUGCACCACUAACACUUGGGCCUGGCGAGUUUACUAGAGUCACCAUUCCUGUGAAAGUCACGGGAACAUCGUCUGGAUUAAUUGCUGGAUAUGUCAACUUUGACAAGACUGGGAAAGAGGUCACCACGGGAAGUAGUGAUGGGCACAUGGUGUUGUCUAACAUAAGUGUUGAAGCACUUGACAGUAUUAACCCUGGUAAUAUCACGAACGAAGAGUUCCAAACAAAGUGGGCGGAGUAUGAGUGGGAGAACAAAAUAGUUGUUGAGACUGAGAUUAACAACUUAAGCGAGUUCAUUGAAAAUAUAUGUAAAGAGGCAAGAAUGAAUUGCAUCACCCCAAAGAAUCUGUUUUGCUCGGAAAUUGGGUUUUUGUCUGCAAACCUGUAUGCGACAACCGUGUUUGGCGAUGACGCUUUAGCGAAUAUAUCUGUUGAAAUCGAUAACGGGAAGAUAACUGGUGGUAUCAGAAUUAGAGCAAAGAGUCAAGGUGUUGCAGUUUCUCUUGGGGACAGAAUUCUUUUAGUCCAAAAGAAGAAAGUUCAAGAGUAA